UGCAAUCAGCGGCAAAAAAUGCAAAGCAACUGAAGUGAGCUUAAAUCUCAAAAACUUCAAAAUCAAAUCAAAUCAAGUUAAAAUAUGCAUUUUUUCUGAGUAAAAUAAUUUAUGAAAUCUGUUUAAUUUGAAUCUUUGUAAGAAUGGCAGAAACAGUGAAGAUAUAUUCCAUACCUGCACAUCAAGUUAAACCAGAUCCUUAUAUGGUUUAUUCAGAGAACUUGUCAAAAUCAAGAAUGCCUAUUAUAAUUGAUAAUGGCUCUUAUUUUUGUAAAGCUGGCUGGAUUAUUAAUGAAAAACCACCUCUUGUCUUUAGAAAUAUUGCUGCUAAACAUCGUGGUAAAAAAGAAAGUGAAACGCAAGUUGGAAAUGACAUAAAAAAUAUUGAAACUGUCAGAUGGUUGCUGAAGACACAGUUUGAUAAAAAUGUCGUUACACAGUUUGAUGUGCAAGAAACAAUUUUGGAUUAUAUAUUCAGUCAUCUGGGGAUUCAUACUAGUGGAUGUGUCAAUCAUCCUAUUGUAAUGUCAGAAGCUGUUUGCAAUCCUAACUAUUCAAGGCAAUUGAUGUCUGAAUUGUUAUUUGAAUGCUACAAUGUGCCUCAAGUUUCUUAUGGGGUGGAUUCAUUGUUCAGUUUCUAUAAUUACAAUGCAAAGUCGAAAGGUUUAUUUGGUUUAGUCAUAUCUUUGGGUUACAAUACUUGCCAUGUUUUGCCAGUUGUUCGUUCAAGGUUUGAUGUUCGUAAUGCAAAACGCAUCAAUAUUGGAUCCUUUAAUAUGGCUAAUUUUUUUCAACGAAUUCUUCAAUUGAAAUAUUCUGCACAUGCUUCAGCUAUCACUCUGAGUCGAGUAGAGAGUUUAAUCCAAGAACACAUGCAUUUCAGUCAGAAUUACAUGGAUGAUGUUCGGAUGUGGGAAAAUGAAACUUACAUUAAAAAUAAUACUCGUAUUGUUCAGCUACCAUAUGUUCCACUUCCAGGCUCGAAUUCAAAUAGUAAUAGUGGUAAAAUGGAGAAAUGCCAUGCUUUGCUAAAGAGAGUACAAGCAAUACGACUUAAGCAACGCGCAGAAAAGUUGGCUUUUGAUGAAGAACGUUUACAAGAAUAUCUUUCAGUACAAGACUUAAUUGAAGAUGGAGAUGAUGAAGCAAUAUUAGCUCUACAAGAACUUGGUUAUACUACUGCUGCAGAACUGCAAGCUGGAAUAAAAAAAUUAAAUUGCAAUAUUAGGAAACUUAAAAAUUUAAUAGCAAGUCAACAAGAUGAACCUCAGGAAUCACCUUUUGCUAAUUGGUGUGAAGAAUUAGUUCUGAAAAAUUUUACUGAUGCAGAAACAUGGCUAAAUGCUGUAAAACUAAAAAGAAAGGAAGUGUUUGAGGCUCGUCAAAAAUUGUCCUCAGAUAGACUCAAAAGCACCAAUUUAGGAGGAUUCAGCUUCACUACUGCUAAUGAUUUAUUUGGAGGCGUGUUUGCUGAUCCAGUAGAAAUGAAAUCCUUUCAAGAGCAUACAAUGGAACUUGAAGAAAAAAAGGAACAAAUUAAGGUUUUGGAUGAAAUACUAGCUGAAUAUGAACGAGAAUUUUCAAAAUCUGAAACAAAUUUUUCAUUCAACUUGGCUGAGUAUUAUCAACUACAUGUAGGUCUUGAAAGAAUAAGGGUUCCUGAAAUAUUGUUUCAGCCCACUAUGGUUGGUAUAGAGCAAGCUGGAUUAGCUGAAACAAUUGAAAUGGUUUUAGCUAGAUAUACUAUAAAUGACCAACAGAAACUUGCAGAGAAUGUAUUCAUUACUGGUGGUACUGCAAAGCUGCCAUUCAUAAAAGAUAGAAUUGAAACAGAAUUGCUUGCAAUGAGACCCUUCCAAUCCAAAUUCAAUGUUCAUUUAGCAGAUGAUCCACUGCUUGAUGCUUGGAGAGGAGCCAGAAAAUGGGCAUCAAACGAUGAUAAUCUUAAAAAGUUUUCAGUCACUCGUCAAGAGUAUGAAGAAAAAGGUGGUGAUUAUUUGAAAGAUCACAUAUGUUCUAAUCAUUAUGUUUCUCAACCAGCACCCGCUAAGAAGACAUUGGUGGCUGUAUCAGCAUCUCCAUCUACCUCGACAAAGCAGGAACAGAAAGUUACUUGAUUCUUUUGAAUUUCUAGUCUUUUGUAAAUAAUAUUAUUGUUUUUAAUAAAAACAUAUUUAUAAUAA